AUGGGAGGAGGCGACUUGAAUAUGAAAAAAUCCUGGCAUCCGCUCUUGAUUAAAAAUCAAGAACGGGUGUGGAAGGAAGAACAGAAGGCCCUUGAGGAGCAAAAGAAGUUGGCUCAAUUAAAGAAGGAAAAAGAGGAAGAAAGACAACUUCAGGAGUUGAGAAAGUUACAGGAGGCAGUUGGUGGGAAGAAAGGACCAGAGCGACUUGACUGGAUGUAUGCUGCUGGACCUAAUCAAUCAAGUUCCGCAAAGGCGCAAGAAAUGGAAGACUUUUUACUUGGGAAAAAGCGUAUAGAUUCACUCAUUGACAGAGGCAUUUCUUUGAGCAAGCUUUCGGUCGAUUCAAAGGAUGUCUUUAUCGACGCCGCAAAUCCUAAUGCUAAUUCAUAUAGAGAUACGCAAACGAAGAUUCGCGAAGAUCCUCUGCUUGCUAUAAAAAAAACCGAACAAGCCAAUAUUAAAGCCAUAGUCACCAAUCCUCUUAAAUUAAAAAAGCUAAAAGAGCGAAACCGACGCAGUAGCCCUUUUCGGGACGGAGAGAAUUCCAAAGACAUAAUAAAUGAACCUCUUAGUAGAGAGAAAAGAAGUGAUCACCGAUUUAGAAAUUGUCGGGAUGAUCAUCGAAAUCAUAAUGGACAUGAUAAUAAUACUCUUAGUAUGGAGGCACAAAGAAAACUACAAGAGAUGAUGGAUAACGCCAAGAAACUUGCGGAAGAACGAAAGGAACGUGUUGAAAAGAUAAAUAAGGAGGAAAAAGAGGAAGAGUAUAAGUUGGUUGAGGAAAAAAAGAGAACUUUGGGAAUGGGAGUGCAUUCCGAGUACCUGAAGUAA